AUGACAGACAGUGAUAUUGCAUCGUGGAAACAGAUUCAGGGGUUCAUAUAUUCCUACAACUUCAUGGCGACGUGUUAUGGCAACCUAUUCUUCUUUAAAAAAAUGCUGAACGAGCAGGAAACACUUGGCGGUGGUGUCACACGAUUGCCAUGCUUGUUGCACAUGCAGGAAGUGAAGCACAGAGACAAGGCGGCGAAGAGUCGGGCGGCUGCUGGGCUUACGCGGGAUCGGAGACGACGUCAGGUUUUGGCGAAUGUUUGGAGAAAUGACCUUAAAAUCUCUCCGAUCAUCAUCACGCCGCCUCCUGAGAAGCUUGAGUCAAAAUUCGACGACUGCAGAGAGACACAAAAGGUCCUAAAGAGUCGAGGAGGGCGGAGACUUGAACUCGGUCUCACGCCGUUCUCCUCUGGGUCCGUGUACGGGGGCGUUCAGAGUGCUUUAGGAAAUCCUCGUGAUGUUUGA